AAGGACCGGCCACAAGUCAUAUGCUUUAGUGAGAUAUCUUACUCUCCUCUGAAGCCCGUUCACCUUCGCUGCCGACUCAAACACCCAUCAACAUGUCUCUUAACGGAACCUUCGUUUUAGAGUCCAACGAGAACUAUUCCGAAUGGCUUUCUGCUAUUGGCAUUCCAGCUGACAAUGCUGCCCGGAUGGCAGCUGCCAAGCCAACUCUGGAAGUCAGCCAAAGCGGCGACAACGUUACCAUCAAGACCAUUGCUGGAGAUAAGACCUUUACCAACACCAUUGCCCUUGGCAAAGACUCCAAGGCCACCCUGCCUGGAGGAGUAGAAUACUCUGUGAAUAUGACGCUUAGCGGAAGCAGCCUCAAGGGAACUUACUCUUUCAUGGGAAAAUCUGGAGAAGCCAGCGUUGAGAUCAGCGGUUCUUCUCUUGUGCAGAAAAUGACCUGCGGAGGAGUAACAGCAAAGAGGACAUACAAACGACAGUAGAAGAGAAGAAUCUUACUCAAUUUUCCUUUCGCUUAUUUCUGUUCUCAUUUUCCGAUGAGACUGGCUAAAUUUACAUUUUCUCGAACAUGAAUCAGGUCAUUUUUCUAAUCUGUUAAACAUGC